AUGGACAGUGUGCUCGAGACUCAACGUCGCCUCCAUGAGGAGAUUGAUCGCCUGGAGCAGGCCGUCGUCGACCAGUUUAUGCUCAAUCCCAAAACUCUCAAGGAACAUUUGUUGCAAGAACAUACAGUGAAUGGUUACUGGGACCGGAUCACCGCCAGGAGUGCGGACCUUGCAGCAAUUUUCAAGGAUGACGACGGGAGCCGGAAGAAGGAAAUGGAUGCCAUCUCUGGAGCAAACGAGUUUGGAGAGUUCUACAACCGUCUCAAGAAGAUCAAGGACUAUCACAGGAAAUACCCCAACGAGGCAGUCGAGCCCAUGGAGAUGGAGUUCAUGGAUCAACAGCCUACGGAGGAAAAGAUAAGCGCAUUGGACGACAUUUUCUCUGGUGAGGAGGCAGGAGGACGGAACUUGGAUUUGCACGAGGUCCAUGAACAUUAUAUGAACCUGAAGAGCCUCAAGCGGACAAACUAUCUUGGAUACCUCUCAGAGUUUACAUUGUUUGAGGAGAUUGAGCGGAAAGACAAGGACGCGGACUAUCAGAGGUAUCUGGAUGCACUUAGCACGUACUUGGAGGGCUAUUUGAAGAGGAUCAAACCACUGACAAACAUCGGAAAGAUCAAGGAGGAAGGUCGUCAAGAGUUUGACAAAAAGUGGGAGGAAGGGUCUUUGCCUGGAUGGCCCAAGCAGGAGCAGGAUGCCGCUCCUACUACAGACCUUUUCUGCAUUGCCUGUAAAAAGCAGUACGCCAAGGAUACAGUGUACAAUGCACAUUUGACGAGCAAAAAACAUAUCAAGGCAGCAGCACAGCUGGCAGCGAACGGAAGCAGUAGCAACCCUAGCGAUCAGGAGAACGUCGCCGAGGCCCAGUCCAAGGCGUUGGCGGAGAAGGCCAAGCCAGAGCAGGAUGCUGCCUGGUCAGAGUUCUUAAUCCAGAAGUACGCCGAGAUUUUGAAGACGCAGAUCGAGGAUACCAAGGAGAAUGUCGAGCGUCGCCAGACCCUGACUGGCCGUGAGCGUGAUUUGGAGCUGGAGACGGAUCAGAUUGAGUUGGAGGACUCUGAUUCAGACGAUGAGGAGAAGAUCUACAACCCAUUGAAGCUGCCACUAGGCUGGGACGGCAAGCCUAUCCCAUACUGGCUGUUCAAGCUGCACGGAUUGGGCGUCGAGUACUCGUGCGAGAUUUGUGGAAACCACGUCUAUAAGGGUCGCAAGGCGUUCGACAAGCAUUUCCAGGAAUGGCGCCAUGCUCAUGGAAUGCGGUGUCUGGGUAUUCCCAACACGCGCCAGUUCCAUGAGAUUGUCGGGAUCGAGGAUGCACUUGCGCUGUGGAAGAAGAUCAAGGGCACCAAGCCUGAGGGGGCCAAGAAGGACCAGAUCGAGGAGUUUGAGGACAGUGAAGGAAACGUCUUUAAUAAGAAGACGUAUGAGGAUCUCAAGCGCCAAGGACUUAUUUAA